UUGAAUGAAGAUAAAUCUACCUUGCAAACUAAUUUAGGCUUCAGAAGUUUAAAUUAUAAUAGAAAUAUAGAACCUGAUAAGGACAACGAGUCAGACGCCAAGAAAGAUGGUGAAGUAGUUUUAAAUAGUUGUUACCAAAUGUGCGAAAAUUCAAAGAACGAAAACAAAAUAUCUCAAUCACCAGCAUCUUCAGACGGUGUUAGCCAAGCAUCGCAGGCCAUUCAGAUUGCGCUGGAACAUUGUUAUUCGGCCAGUCAGGCAGUUCCCUUUGGCGGUAUUUCAUCUGGAACAUUAAAGGAUAGUAACUCUAUGUUGGAACGAAAAUCGGCUAACAUUAUAAUUGUUGAUCAAAUGACUAGGUCAGGUCCAGGCAGACCUCGAAAGGAUACUAUUCGCUCUCAAAGAAAAAAAAAAGAUUCAAUUCCGCGGAUACCUAAUGUGAAGAAUAAAAUAGCCCCAAUUGCAGAUGCUAUAGCCGAGUUGGCACGGAAAACAGCCAAUUUUGUACCUUGUGAGAUGUAUAAAGCUCGUGACCAGAAUGAGGAAAUGGUAAUUUUAUACACUUUCCUAACUAAAGGCAUCGAUGCAGAAGACAUUAACUUCAUAAAAAUGAGCUACUCGGACCAUUUGCAAAAGGAGCCAUACGCUAUGUUUUUAAACAACACCCAUUGGGUGGAUCACUGUACAACCGACCGAGCUUUUUGGCCUCCACCACAAAAAAAACGUAGGAAAGAUGACGAACUAUUGCGCCAUAAAACUGGAUGUGCUCGAACUGAAGGUUUUUACAAAUUAGAUUUACGAGAAAAGGCUAAACACAAGUACCAUCAUGCUAAAGCCAAUACAGAAGAUUCCCAUAACGAAGACCGUAGCGAUGAACCUACAGCACUCACCAAUCACCACCAAAAUAAGCUAAUAUCCAAAAUGCAAGAAAUCUCCCGUGAAGCGCGCUCAAACCAACGCCGACUUUUAACUGCUUUUGGUUCGAUGCGUGAAUCCGAGCUUUUAAAAUUAAAUCAGCUCAAGUUUCGGAAAAAGCAGCUUAAGUUUGCAAAAUCGGCAAUACAUGUCUGGGGAUUAUUUGCAAUGGAGCCUAUAGCUGCCGACGAAAUGGUUAUUAAAUACGUUGGUCAAAUGAUUAGACCCGUUGUUGCAGAUCUGAGGGAAACAAAGUACGAAGCAAUUGGAAUUGGCAGUUCCUAUUUGUUUCGAAUCGACAUGGAAACUAUUAUCGAUGCAACUAAAUGUGGAAACUUAGCACGAUUUAUAAAUCACAGUUGCAAUCCGAAUUGCCAUGCAAAGGUCAUUACGAUUGAGUCUGAAAAGAAGAUAGUUAUAUAUUCAAAGCAACCAAUUGGAAUCAACGAGGAAAUUACGUACGAUUAUAAGUUUCCAUUGGAAGAAGAAAAAAUACCUUGCCUAUGUGGCGCUCAAGGAUGUCGGGGUACACUUAACUAAAGCUAAUUUAUAUAUUAAUUUAAAGAAUUUUCAAUUAUAAAUUAAAUAUUUUGGAUCCCGUAACUUACGUUUGUAUAUUAUAUCCAAAACGGGUGCUCGUGUAAAUAAAAACAAUAGUAAAAUAGUUCUUAGUUACAUUUUCAUAGCAAAUUAAACAUUUUUAUUUAAACCAAUAAAAUUCAAUUAAAUCGUCGA